AUGAGCUCUGUUGACAGCUCCAGUCUCAGGCAAACAAGCGAGACAAGUUCUCCUAACACUAUGUUUAGUUUCGAUCUAUCUGGGCGCAUGUCCAGCCAUUAUGAGGGUGUUAAUGUGAACGGGAUAUUCUCUUGUCCCGUCCCCACGACCUCUGUUCAACGGGAGGAGAUGAAAACUAGCCUGCGUGGCAAUACGGAUACUCCACUCCCGUCAGGACCACAAAUAACCAUGGUCUCCAGUAGCUCGUCCGUGGACGCCAGCGGGCUCAGCUACGGCAGCACUAAGCUGCUCGGACGUGGGGCUGACAGAGACCCGGAGAGGAGCGCAAAAUCCGGCGGCAACAUGAGCCAGGAGAGCGACAGAAACGCGGAUAACACGCAGUCCGUGAAACGAAACACAAACGUGAACCAGCCUCAGGACAGUGAGCAGCGACCACAGAUUUAUCCAUGGAUGACAAAACUGCACAUGAGCCACGAAUCGGAGGGUAAGCGGUCCAGGACCAGUUACACCCGCUAUCAGACUCUGGAGCUGGAGAAAGAGUUUCACUUCAACCGGUACCUGAGCCGCCGCAGGCGCAUAGAGAUCGCCCACACUCUGUGUCUAAACGAGAGGCAGAUCAAAAUCUGGUUCCAGAACAGACGAAUGAAGUGGAAGAAGGACUCAAAAAUCAAAGUGAAGGAGUAAAAAGAGCAUCAGCGAACGCGGUGCAUGCAGCACGUUUUCAGCCCCUCACUGCACAAUGCUGGAGUGCCGCCUGACCUUCGGAUGAACUGCUAGGAGCAAUGACAUCAUGACACCGCUCUGUGUGCUUCAUCACCAAUUAUGUGUCACUUGCUGCAGUUUGGGACCUAAUGUAUUGAAUAUCGCUCACUUUGAUCAAUCGGUUUACAUUUCUAAAUUAAUUUGCUGCCCAUGCGAUGAUAGCCUCACUUUACUGCACGAGAGGAACAGGGGGUCGAGGGUGAGCUGGAACCGUCCCGCUGCAAAGCUUUGGUCUGCAGUACACUGAAAAGAUGCACACAAAUACUAAAAGAAGAAAAAAAUAAAAUGUUUUUAAAUUAUGUAAGCUAGAGAUAACCUGCAUAGCUCCCAACUUUAUAUCACCAUGCAUCAAAGGGGUCAGUGAAUCAAACAAAGUCAAAAUAAAUAAUAAUUCUGACUUAUCUGAAAAUCCUUAGCCACAGUUAAGUAGUCUUACAAAUACUACUUCUCUCCCUUUUUUUCCUUUUUCUUUUAAAAUUUAUUCUGUGACAUGUUGCAUUUAGGAUGCUGUUGAAUGUGUGUUCAAUAAGCAAUGUCCUCGUGAGUGGAUUUCGUGUGAAGACACCAUCCAUGUUGUCUGUCAUAUUCUUGUGACUCUUGAAUCAUUAUGUACAAUUCAGUGGCUGUUUGUGAUAAUGUUGUAAUGUGCAAUGGAACAAUUUCUCUUCCCUCCUUUGUAAACUUAAGGUGCCUGAUUAACACUGGGCCUACAAUAACUGAUAGAUGGCCUGUUCGUUGAUUGUAACCAAUAAAGACUCAUUAAAAGUAAGGGAA